GCUCCUCUCCGUUUAGAUUCCCAAAGCUCUCUGGGAAGGGCGGACCGACGCCCCAGGAAGAACUACAAAUCCCAGCGAGCAGUGCGCGGCGCGAGGGCGCGGAAGGAGGAGUCCGGGGGGCCGACUGGCCCCACCGAGCCAGGCAGUGGCAGCAGCUGGUGCAGGUGGCCAUGGGGAAGCGAUACUUCUGUGACUACUGCGACCGCUCCUUCCAGGACAACCUUCACAAUCGAAAGAAGCACCUGAAUGGGCUACAGCACCUCAAAGCCAAGAAGGUGUGGUAUGACAUGUUCCGAGAUGCAGCUGCUAUCUUGCUGGACGAACAGAACAAGCGGCCCUGCAGGAAGUUCCUACUCACAGGCCAGUGUGACUUUGGCUCCAACUGCAGAUUUUCCCACAUGUCUGAGCGAGACCUGCAGGAGCUGAGCAUCCGCGUGGAGGAGGAGAGACGCGCCAGGGAGUGGCCGCUGGACCCACCCGACCUCCCAGAGGGUCACCUGGAGGACUGGCUGGAGAAGAGAGCCAAGCGGCUGAGCUCAGCACCCAGCAGCAGGGCCGAACCCACCAGAGCUACCGUCUUCCAGUACCCCCUGGGCUGGCCACCGGUCCAGGAACUGCCCCCCUCACUGCGGGCACCCCCACCCGGAGGGUGGCCUUUGCAACCCGGAGUCCAGUGGGGCUAACACCGCCUGCCCCUCACCUAGUCAGCUGUCGGUCAUGUGAAAUACAGGGACUGGUACCCAAGAGGCCUUACUCCUUCCUGCCACACCCAUGGAGCUUCUGAGACCGAGGCUCAGGCACGCCCUCACGGCAGGUGCAACCCUCUCCUCCACCCUGGCAACUCUGCCUUCCCUAUCCCCACCCCCUUUCCUGGGAUGUCUUCAGAGAACGGGUGAGAAACUUCCCAACAUUAAUAAAGUCUAUCCCCAUGGUGACUA